AUGGACGACCCAAGCCGCCUGCCCCUGCCUCUGCAAAGCCUUCUCCGCUGCCCUCGCGACCCGUCGCGUCUGGCCCGCCCACAGACCCUUCAGCGUCAACUACCGCGGCGUACUCUCCGAGGCGUGCCCUCGAGUAGACCGAGGAGUGCGUCAGCGACACGCUCACCAAUUGCGGCGAUGCAUUCAUCCGUGGCAACAACGGAUACACUCGAGCACUUGCUCGACGCAUCGCGCGAGGGACGGGCCCGGACGGCGCGCGGGGCGGCUUCUUAUUUCCUGGCGAGCUCUUAUGGGCCGUCGAACGAGGACUUGUUCCUGCUCAUCGGGAUGUUCAACAAGGUCAAAACUGUUCCGGAGCCUCCGCCCGACCAGCUUGACCUCGAGAUAAACCGAGAAUGA